GAUCACGCAAGGACACCUGGGACUGGCUCAAACUAGCUGCCCUCCAGCUGUGAAGAACAUAAUUGCUUUCUUCAACUACAGGGUUUCAACCUCCAAACACUCGGCGGAUCUGAAUGCCCUUCCGGAGGCUGAGCUGAGGGAUGAACUUCAGCAGGGAUGUGGCCCGGCAGACCAGUUGUUAUACAUACGUGAUCGAGGAUGAGGAUCCAGCCUUGGCAAGUCUGAACAUAUUUGAGUUGGCAGAAAAGGGUGACCUGGUUCUCCUGGAGAACCUAGUCAAGAAGAACCCAGAGGUCCUGAGUGAGAAAGAUGAAUGUGGAGCCAUUCCCCUUCAUCACGCCGCCGCGGGGGGCCAUGUCACCCUCAUCCAAUUCAUCAACACUGUCAUAGACUCACAGGCGCUGAACAGCUGUGAUGACCAGGGCAACGUGCCCCUGCACUGGGCGGUGGAGAGGAACAAGGCGGAGAGCUGCAGGGCUCUGCUGGAUCUGGGGGCCAACCCCAACGUCCUCAACCUGGCCCUGCUGUCCCCUCUGCACCUGGCCAUCAACCUCAGACACAACGGCCUGGUGGGGCUGCUGUUGUCCUACAGCGUUACAGAUUGCAAUCUGCGGGGAGACCUGGGGAACACCCCCGUGAUGCUGGCCUGCUCCAUUAAUAACUGCGAGGCCCUCAGCACACUGAUAAAGCAUGGCGCCAAGCUCUGCCAGCAGAACAAGCUGGGACAUUUCGCCAUCCACGCCGCCGCCUUCGCAGGUGCAAGGAAAGCGAUGGAAGUGAUUCUGAAGUCCGGAGAGGAGGUAGGCCACACAAUUCUCGGCCACAUCAACUAUUUAGACAAGUCCAACAGCAGUCCCCUCCACCUGGCUGUGCGCGGAGGGAAUAUCGACACCAUCCGUCUCUGCAUCGCCACCGGAGCCAAAAUCGACCAACAACAGAACGACAAGUCCACCCCGCUCCAUUUGGCCUGCACCCAGGGUGCAACCGAAGUUGUGAAAUUGAUGCUCUCCUCCGUCGACCACGUGGAAGACGUUAUCAACCUCACCGAUGGGGCGCAUCAGACCCCCCUGCACCGGGCUACCAUAUUUGAUCACACAGAACUGGUGGAGUACCUCAUUUCUCUGGGCGCAGACCUAAACAGCGUUGACUGCAAGGGAAACACGCCUUUGCUGCAGGCGACGAGCUGCGGAGCGUGGAAAACCGUGAUUCUGCUGCUGUCGAAAGGGGCAAACGUCAGUGUAAAAGACAAUUCCGGUUGUAACUUCCUCCACCUGGCGCUCCUGCAACCCAAGGGCUUGAAAAACCUCCCUGAAGAAGUGCUGCAGCACGACAGCGUGAAGGCUCUGGUGAGCUGCGAGGAUAAUGAGGGCUGCACACCACUCCACUACGCUUGCAGACUUGGCAUCCAUGACUCGGUGAAGAACAUGCUGGGCCUCUCGGGGCAAGUCGGCCUCGCAUGCAAGUCCAAGGACAAGAAGUCGGCCCUGCACUUCGCCGCUCAGUACGGGCGCAUCAACACAUGUCAGCGCCUGCUGGAGACCAUCACAGACUCUCGUGUCUUGAACGAAGGUGACGAGCGAGGCCUGACGCCUCUGCACCUGGCCUCGAAGGAGGGGCACACCAAGGUGGUGCAGCUGCUGCUGCGUAAAGGAGCUCUUUUUCACAGUGAUUAUAAGGGCUGGACCUGUCUUCACCACGCUGCCUCUGAAGGAUACACCCAAACCAUGGACAUCCUGCUGUCAGCCAAUCUGAAGUUACUGGAUAAAACAGAUGAAGACGGGAACACCGCGCUACACGUGGCGGCUAAAGCCGGCCACACGGCUGCGGUCAAGCUCCUGCUGUCUCGGGGGGCGGAGAUCAACCUCAACAAGAGCAACACCUCGUUCCUCCACGAGGCCCUGCAGAACGGGAGAAAGGAGGUGGUGAUUGCUGUGGUUGAGAGUGACAGAUGUAGUGAGGCACUGCAAAUGUUCAAGCCUGGCUCCAACCAGCGAUGUCCCAUCCUCGACAUGAUUGAGUUUCUCCCUGAGAGCUACAAGCAUCUAUUAGACGGAUGUGUGAGGGAAUCUGAUGACGACUACAACAGUCCGGACUAUCAUAUUAAGUAUGACUUCAUAUGGCUGCAGCCUCCACUCGCAAUAAUGAAAUCAAAAGACGAGACGAUUAGGCCUAAGCCGCUGAUUGCCCUCAAUGCGAUGGUGGAGUACAACCGCAUCGAGCUCCUCAACCAUCCUGUCUGCAAAAAGUACCUGGCAAUGAAAUGGAUUGCUUAUGGGAGCAAGGCUCACCUGGUGAACAUGUUCAUGUACAUGCUGGGGCUGCUGCCUUUGACUCACGUGGUGGUGACUCUGAGACCGUCUGUGAACUUCACCAACGAGACCGGCGAGCGCGACAUCAUGAUGGUGCCCGUCAGUUUCCAAAAGCAAAGCAUCUUCUUAUCCUUCUGCAUGAUGAUGGUCUUUGUAAUGAACAUCUACUCCAUAGUGAAGGAGGUGAUCCAGCUCUGGCAGCAGCGCUGGAACUACUUCAAGGAUUAUUCCAACCACAGUGACUGGCUCUCAGCCAUUUUCUCUCUUCUGUUCAUCGUCCCCCUCAUGAUGAAUGCACAAGGGUCUUGGUACUGGCAAGCGGGCGCACUUGGAGUUUUUAACUCCUGGGUUGCAUUCCUACUUUUUCUCCAAAGAUUCGAAGGUGUUGGCAUCUACGUGGUGAUGUUUGGAGAGAUCAUGAGGACGCUGGUCCGCGUGAUCAUGCUGUUCACGUUCCUGCUCUUCUCGUUCAGCCUGACGUUCCAUGCCCUGAUGAUCAACCAGCGGGAGUUCGACACCGUGCCGCUCGCUAUGAUGCAAACAUUUGUGAUGAUGGUCGGAGAGCUGAACUACGAGAACAACUUCCUGGAUGCUUACCUGAGCAAUCAGCUCCCGUUCAGCUACCUGACCUACUACACCUUUGUGACUUUCGUGAUGAUAAUGCCGAUACUGCUGGUCAACCUGAUGAUUGGUUUGGCUGUAGGAGACAUAGCUGAAGUUCAAAGAAAUGCAUCCCUAAAACGAAUAGGCAUGCAGAUCGACCUCCACACGGCUCUGGAAGACAAGCUCCCCUACUGGUUCAUGAAACGAGUCGACAAGCCCUCAGUCACUAUCUACCCCAAUCGCAAAUGCUCCAGGCACUACCUGAAACAGUUAUUCUUCGGUGAAGAUGGAAAAACUGAAAUCUGGAGCCGUGAGCAGGCCAAAUCAAGGUCGUGCACACUGAUAGAAAAUGAGCUCAGGAAGCAGAAGUUCAGGAUGAAGGAGAUGUCGAACCAGCUGGAGAAGCAGCACAGCCUGCUGAAGCUCAUCAUCCAGAAGAUGGAGAUCACCACCGAGGCCGACGAGAACGACGGCCCCGUGAACGUCCGGGGGGGCUCCCUGUGGCCCAGCAUGAGUCACGUGAGGCCCAGGAGGUCCGCCACGUCUCGCUGGGUCCCGCUCAUGAAGGCCAUCGAGACCAAGAGGAAAUAAAGCGCAUCAUCUCACAAACAGCUGAUUCUAAAAAAUCAAAAAUGAUAUAAACAGAUAUACUUACAUUUAAUCAAGUCAAAACUACAAUAUUUUAUUUAUUUUGCCAUGUCUUUAUUGUGUGUUGGUGAAUCAGUCAUAACCACUGAAUUUUGAGGACCAGGGUUCGAAUCCCUGUUGUAGCAGGAAGGGCACCAGUGUGAAAACGGAGCAGGUGAAACGACGGUACGACAGCUACACUGUGUGAAUCAUGAAUACUCUUGCAUAAGGCUUCAUUGCUGUGUAUUCAAACAAAUCAUUAUAGACAGAAACCGUAGCACUUUUAUUUGUAGUCCAAUAGUGAGCUGGCGAGUUACACAAGUGACCUGUUGACAAAUGGAUGUUAUUUCAUGUCUUAUAUGCCAUACUGCAGUCAGUGUAUAUCGUGUCUUCAUCUGCGCAGCAGACUCUUUUAUCUUCCACGCAAAGUGAUUUCAUUCAUAAACCCCUCAUUAAGCAGCGCUUAAAAAGAAUUGUUUUGAAAAGACUAAACAUAUCAGUUUAAAUCCAAAAUCAUCUGCCUGCUUGAGAUUUUACAGACAGAAUUAAUUGCUGCGAUAAAAACAAGAAAUAAAAACAAGAGUUUCUCAUGUGUGGAUAAAAAAAAAAAUGGACCAGCAUGUCAUUUGAAAAUGGGAUUUGUAAAAAAAAAAAUUAAUUGCAGAUUUUAUUUUUCAUUCACAAGAUGGAUGAUUAUUUGCAGCUAUUUUUUUCUCCUUCCUUCAACAAAACUUCAAUAGAUUCCGGAGACGUCGAUGCUGCUGCUGCCAGUCAUUGCACAAAGCUUACAAUAGAUUGAAGCUCCAAAUUGUCCUUUAUGGACCCAGUCUGUUGUAUUUGUGGCCAUUUUUAAAGUCAUUUAUGCCCAACCCUCUUCUGGAGGUCCAAGUGUCAAACUGACUUACUGUAACUGUAAAAGGGAGCAGCUCAAUAGACACCGAUUACAUUCCAACCGAUUACUGGCCUUUAUACACGUUUUGCACAAUUUUCCUGUCUUCUGUGUGCUUUCUCUUCCGUUUGUCUGUACUUAGUGACAUUUUGUAUCUUAAACGUGGUAGUGUAUCUGAAAUGUUGUUCUAGACGAAUGUGUGAACACUUGAUGUUGUAGGAAAAACAUAUUGUUGUUUGAUG